CAGAGGGGAUGCAAUACACCUGCUGCAUGAUAGCUGACAUCAGAUACUGGAAUACAUAGCUGUCAUAAAAGUCGAACUAAACUAGAACACAAUCCUUUAGACUCAGAUAAUUGACAGGUUUUUUGCUGCAAUAAAAUCCGACACCGGAAAACCGAGCGUUUAUGAGAAGAAACGACCAGCUUCAACCGUCUGAUCCACGGCACCGGGAGGCGAGAUGCCAGUCCAGAUACCGGACGACACCGAUUUCUUAUCGUUCCGAGAUCAAUGUGAGAGUCAUGACGGCUGGGUCGCCCGGUAUAAUAAAGGAGGAGUGACGGUGUGGUGUCGAGAUGAGGAGUGCAAAACUGUCCAGAAACUGAAGAUGAGAAUUGUAUGCAAGGAUGUGACAGCUGAAACGCUCUACGACGUCUUGCACGACACAAGCUACCGGAAAAAAUGGGACACCAACAUGAUUGACACUUUCGAUAUUGGACGACUGACGGUUAAUGCAGACGUAGGAUAUUAUUCCUGGAAAUGUCCACAUCCACUGAAGAACCGAGACUUUGUCACUAUGCGAUCAUGGCUCCCACUCGGCAAUGACUAUCUUAUAAUCAACUACUCCGUCAAACACCCGGAAUACCCAGCGAAGAAAGAUUAUGUCAGAGCUGUCUCUUUACUCACUGGAUACUUGAUCCAAAACAAUGGAGCAAACUGCUGUACUCUCUAUUACUUAACGCAAGUGGAUCCACGAGGGUCUUUACCUAAAUGGGUGGUGAAUAGGGUCUCGCAGUUUGUGGCACCAAAGGCCAUGAAAAAGAUUUACAAAGCCUGCCUAAAAUACCCUGAAUGGAAACGGAAACAUGACCCAAAUCUGAAGCCUUGGAGGUAUCCAGAGCAGAACAUGCUACCCUGCAUCAAUCUGGCUGACCUGACGGUCCAGAGAGCAGAUUCACUGGAAAACAUCGAUGAGAGCACUUUGAGUGAGGAGAAAGCCCAGCACCACAGCGAUGAUGAUGAGACCUAAAAUUCACAAUGACUCUCUCUCUCAGCCUGUGUGUGUGUACAUAAGUGAGUUUGCAACAUUCUCUGUUAAGGAUGGUUUCCUCAAAUGUAUUCUGUAAAUGUACAUGGCUUUUAUGGAUUGAAAAGAAUUACAUAAUAUUGUUUUGCAGAGAUUUUGGCAUCUAAGAAGCAUCACAUUGUAUUAGACAUAUUU